UCCCGCCUAGCCAAGGGAUUUUAUCGGCUUUCCCUUGAGAGACUGCCUUCGGGCAUGAAAAUAGUGUCACAUUCUCGGGGAACACUCGAGAACUGAUUCAUUUCAAGAUAUUCUAGCUCAUGUUGACGCCUCAAGCUACCGAGGAGGAGCCUACGGAGCAGGCGCCCCUGCUGGGAUCGCGUGGGGGCGCCGUCCAAGAUGGCUCUCCCACCCCUUUGUCUCAUUCUCACCUGCGUCUCCUUGUCCUCGUGUGCAUCUCGAUUGUCGCCGCUGACUUUGGCAACUCUCUGACUUUGGCCCCUCAAAUUUCCAUUUUCGAAUCCCUCAUCUGUCGCCGAAUCGAGGCGGGCGAUGAUUGCAAGUCCGCCGAUGUACAAGCAGAAUUGGCCCUGUUGAUCGGGUGGAAAGAGACCAUUGACCAGUUGCCUGGGAUUAUCUUUGCUCUGCCAUAUGGAUUCGCGGCGGAUCGGAUCGGCCGCAAGCCCAUCUUGGUGCUUUGUCUGAUCGGCCUUGUGCUGGAAGAGGUCGCCAUCCGUUUGGUCUGUUGGUGGAAUGUCGCCCUACCCCUUCGGAUGAUCUGGGCGACGCCCGUCUUUCAGAUCAUUGGCGGUGGAUCUCAGACGGCGACGGCAAUGGCAUAUGCUAUGAUUACCGAUGUAGUUCCUAUGGACCGGCGAGCUUCUAUAUUUUACAUCAUGGCUGCCGUAAUUCUGCUUGGAGAAAUCCUGGCCACCCCUAUCAGUGCCUUUCUCAUGACAUGGAGUCCAUGGGUUCCUUCAUUGCUAGGAAUAGUUUUCCAGCUUGGAGGCCUGUUGGGCGCAGCCUUGGUCUCCGAGACGCGCCCUGAUCCCAAAUCCAGCAUCAACCAUAACGACGAGUCAGAACCAUUGUUGAAUAAUGAUGAAGAGACCGAGAUGGAUCAUGAUCGACCGGAAGACCCCAAGUCCGGCUAUCAGCGUGUGAAACAAACAUUGUCGGAAUACUGGCACCAUGUUCGGAACACCCACCUGAAAGGUUGGGAUUUUAACAUGGCCUUUAUUGUGCUCACAUUCCUGCUUGCCAGUAUCAGCAGACAGGCGAUGCAGUUGAUCAUUCCGUACGCCUCGAAGCGCUUCUCCUGGAGUAUUGCGCGCGCAAGCUUCCUCAUUACCUUGAAGGGUGUUAUCAAUCUUGUCACCCUACUACUCAUUCUCCCUCGCUUGUCCACAUGGCUGAGUACACAAAUGUCUUGGUCGCCGGCGGUCAAAGAUCUCCGUAUUGUCCAGGGAAGCGCGUGGAUUCUCACAUCAGGUAUGGCUCUCAUGGCCUUUGCCGCCAUCCCGGAGCUGUUCAUCUCUGGAUUGAGUUUGUUUGCGCUUGGUUGGGGCUUCUACUCGGCGCUGCGAAGUCUGGCGACAUCACUGGUAGACCCGUCUCAGGUCGGAGUGCUGAACUCGGGCAUCGGUUUGGCACAAAGCUUAGGCUCGCUUGUCGCAGGGCCGAUUUUAGCGGCGGCAUUUGGACGUGGUCUACGACAGGGUGGUAUCGCCAUGGGAUUGCCAUAUAUGGUUGCUUCAGCAUUGUUGUUUAUGUCUAGUUGUCUGGCCUGUGCAAUUCGUAUCGCGGGAGAAAAGCGCAGACUGUAAUUAGUAAAAUUCAAG